CUUUAGUCACGACCGGCACCAGCCUAUCGGAAUGUCGCCUCCAGUCGUUAACUCUGUGAAGGCAGCAUCUCACUCACUGCUCCGUUGGCUGACAUACUCGCCAUUCACCAGCCUCAGCCCGCCCAGCAGCACAGAGCGGCAUGGCAACGGCGAGGAGACGGGGUGGAGGGGAGAAGGUGUGGUGGGGGGUGACAGUCUAACCGGACCAGAGAGAGCAGCAGCAGCAGCACCACCACUAUCUCCACUCCUCGCUGAGUGAACGAAACGCACCGUGCGGGUACCUCGGCCAGCCAGCGCUCACACACACUGGUAAAAACGAUGCACCACCACCGCCGCUCCGCACACUCGCUGCCGCUGACCAGGUGUUGGACCAGAGGACGGGGACGUCGUUAACGUGACAGAAGAUCCAACUUGUACGUAUGUGCAGUGCGCCCUUCUCCCCGGUCCCGUACACAGACGAUCGAGAAGAUGCUGAGCCGACUGAUGAGCAGCAGCAUCAGGAGUCUGGACAGGGAAUGCAACUGCACUGUGAGGCUGCUGGACGACUCGGAGUACACCUGCACGAUUCAGCGGGAUGCCAAGGGACAGUACCUGUUCGACCUCAUUUGCCACCAUCUCAACCUGCUGGAGAAAGACUACUUUGGCAUUAGAUAUGUUGACCCAGACAAACAGAGGCAUUGGUUGGAGUUUACAAAGUCAAUUGCCAAACAAAUGAAAUUUUGUCUUUCUUUCGCAGCCCAGCCUCCAUUCACCAUGUGUUUGCGUGUCAAGUUUUACCCACCUGACCCUGCUGCCCUAAAAGAGGAAAUCACCAGAUAUCUCGUCUUCCUGCAGGUUAAGAGGGAUCUCUACCAUGGUCGCCUCCUGUGUAAGACAUCAGAUGCUGCUCUGUUGGCUGCCUACAUAUUACAAGCUGAAAUUGGUGACCACGACCCCGGGAAACACCCAGAGGGCUAUAGCUCAAAGUUCCAGUUCUUCCCUAAGCACUCAGAGAAGUUGGAGCGGCGGAUUGCUGAUAUCCACAAGACUGAGCUGAUAGGUCAGAGUCCUGAAACGUCAGAGCUUAACUUCCUCCAGAAGGCUCAGAUGCUGGAAACAUACGGAGUGGACCCUCAUCCAUGCAAGGAUGUGUCUGGCAACCCAGCUUUUCUGGCUUUUACUCCUUUUGGAUUCACUGUGCUGCAAGGAAAUCGGAGGAUCCAUUUCCUCAAAUGGGAGGAAGUGACCAAACUCAAGUUUGAAGCAAAGACAUUCCAUAUAUAUGCAAAUCAGAAGGAGGAUAAGAAGAUCAUACUGACAUACUUUGCACCUACACCUGAGGCCUGUAAACAUCUGUGGAAGUGUGGCGUCGAGAAUCAGGCCUUCUACAAAUUGGAAAAGUCAAGUCAAGUCCGCACUGUGUCCAGUAGUAAUCUGUUCUUCAAGGGUAGUCGCUUUAGAUACAGUGGAAAGGUUGCAAAAGAGGUAAUGGAACAAAGUGCCAAAAUUAAGAGAGACCCCCCUGAGAUACACAGAGCCGGCAUGGUGCCAAGUAGGAGCUGUCCAUCCAUCACCCACGGCCCUCGUUUGACCAGUGUGCCCAGGACCCGACGGAGAGCUGUGCACAUCUCCAUCAUGGAGGGUCUGGAGUCCCUACGAGACAGCGCCCACUCCACACCUGUACGCUCCGUCUCCCACGGCGACUCCUUCAUGUCUUCUCGGGGCCACAUGGUGGACGGCAGCGAGGCGAGCACAUCAGGAGUCAUCUCAGACGAGGCCUACAGCCCCUCAGACAGCGUGCUGCCUACGCCCGUAGCAGAACAUGGGAUGGAGAUGCCUUUGGCCCGUCACCUCAACGGGGCUCCCUGCAGCAUCGAUGAGGAGAAGGAUUCAGAGGCGGGUGCAUCAAAGGAGGGGCAGGGGGUGGAUUUGACUUCCGGCAGGAGAGCACUGCGUAUGGUCAGGAGCAGGCCGUCACCACCAAGCGACGUAGAGGAGCUGAACAAGUUCAUCCUGAGCGUGUUGCGUCUGUUCCUGGUUACCAUCGGACUGCUGUUCGCCCUGCUGCUGCUCCUCAUCAUGCUGACAGAGUCAGACCUGGACAUUGCCUUCCUGAGAGACAUCCGCAAGACACCUGAAUUCCAGCAGUUCCACUUUGAAUACUUCUGCCCUCUGCGGCGCUGGUUCGCCUGUAAGUUACGAUGGAUGGGCGGUUUCCUCAUCAGCAAGUGAGGCAAAGUGAAAGGUGACUGAAUUACAUAAGAUAGGUCUCCACGGAUGGAGACGGGACACAUACAACAGAUAGGCCAGGAGAGGGGUUGGGAGAGGGGUUGGGAAAGGAGAAGAAAGGAUAAAGGAUUGCAGCCCUGUUCCCAAUAUCAACUCAGCUUCUCCCAGGAAGGAGUUCAUGUCACAAGCCACGGACUGUCCCCUGAAGAACCUUGUUUAUUAUGUUUGACCAUCACUGCGAGGAAACAAAAUCACAUUUUACUUUGGAUAUUCAGGUCAUUUCAAGGCAUUUUAUUUUUACACAAAAUCACAGUAACGGGGUUUAAUUUAAACACUGAAAGGGACAAAGUCUGGCAGACUUCACUUAUUCAACCACAGAAAACAGUUGCCUUUAUUUUUGUAUUAAUUUAUAUGUUGCCACAUUACUGUAAGACAGGACAACCUGAUGUGUUGGGGUGUAUGUUGUGUGAGCUGAGAGUCUGGGGAGUGGAGGGGUCAUCUAAUUGUCAUAUUUAAAAGCCAACAACAACUCUAUAUGAUAACAUUUUACUGUGGUCACUGCUUUGAGAUUGAAGACUUGAAACUGGGGGUUAGAGAAAGUGUGAACAUGGAAGAACCAGCAGCACUUAAUAAAUGUAGGCUAUAUCAGUCCUGAGUCAAAUAAUAUUUGCAAAUAUUAUAGUGUAAUGAAUAUAUAAAUAAAAUAUAAAAUAUUAUAGUGUAAUGAAUGUUUUAGGAAUUUGCAAUGUAGAGUGACGAAUGUGAGUGUUAAAUCAGUCACAGGAAAGACAAGGAAAAUUAAUUUAGCCCAAUUUUAAGUGAUUGACAACUUUACUGACUUUCCUUAAUUGUCCUGAUGUGGCGUUAAACCCAACAGAGAAUUGGCUGCAGUAGCUAUUUGACCCAGGAGUGAUGCUAGUGCUGCCCUGUAGAAGGCUUGAGUAAUUUUCUUUGUAGUAAGUGUGGUCAGACGUCCAUUAACAGCGUGCUCACAUUACGAUUUCUGUCAAGCCACUAGAGCACCAAUAACAUUUUAUUUUCCAAUGAUAUAAAUUAAGGAUUUAAGUAAGUAAUGGAGUUGAUAGGUUUACUGAUUUUGCAACAUAGCAGCCAAAUAAUGCUAAUAGAUACAAUCAACUUCUGUGUGUAAGGAACAGUUGUCACUUCGCCGUAGUUACUUUUACAGUAGUCGUAAAGGCAAUGGGACUAUGUGAGCUAGCCCUGUAGUGAUAGUGAAGUGUUUGGUUAGGUCUUUGACUCCCUCACUCUGUAGGAGGAGUUUAUCUUGAUGUGCAAUACUGUUAAUAUACAAAACCCAAGAUCCUUUCCCUUAAGGGAAAUUUGACCUUGUUUUACCUUUGUAAAGUGAACAAAUUAGUGCUAUUUUCCCUGCAUAUAUGGUUAAGAGAGCUCGUUUUUAGACCUGUGUUGGUCAUAUAACUUUGUUUAGUCCUGCUGUGUUUAAAUUUAUGCAUUCAUCUGUAAAGGCUGAAUAUAUUUAAAUCACGUUUCCAUUUUUGUACAAACUGAUGUGUCUUUAACACAUGGAGAUUUCCUCACAGUGACUUCUAAUGGACUUGAAGCAUUAUUUUUUACAGUGAUAUAGUUUUCAGCCUCCUGCUUACAAGACCACCUAAGUCCUGUUUACGUCCUACUGCAAUCUUCUUUGUCACACCUACCAAAGAAACCUCUGUUGUCUGAUACUUCUGUCAGUUUGCAUCAACAGACGGAAACUCUGAUAGUCUGCUGACCUUCUCCAGCCUUAUUACGUAGCUAUACGUAAUUUCACAGUUUAGCCUGCAGUACGUCUUUUUAGCCCAACAGCAGAAUUUAAAACCGUAAAGUCAAUUUGGGACAGUUAACUAUUGGUCCUCUUAACAACCCUACAAGUAGUAUAUUAGGAAGCUGUGUGUCAGUGGUAAUUAUAGACUGAUCAGCAGCAAACUGAUGUAUUAUUUAUGCAACAAGAGAAGUGGUUUAGGAAGGUGAUUGGCUAAGGGGUUUAGGAUAUGUAGAUGCCUAUACAGCAGUUUGGAAAGUUACUGUAUUAACAUUCAAAUCUUUCUUUAAAAAAUCCACAAGUUGAAAGUUAACACACAAACAGUAAGAAUCCCUUUGGCAUUAAAUACUUAGGCUUUAAAUGUUCAUUUUAUUUUUGUACAGUAUGGAUAUUUUUAAAUUCAGAAAGCCUCAUGCUAUAUUUUGUGGCUAGGUUUAAGACUUGAAAGACAACCGAUGUAUUUGCUUUAACUCAGAUGGUGCUCGUUGGUUUUUGAUUGAUGUUAGAUGAAAUGUGAUUGUGUAUGAGGGGAAAGUCAGGUUGAGACAGAAAAAGUUACUUCCAAUAAUUUGUAUUUUAAUGUCUCAUUUUAUGUUCAUAUGUAUGAAAAACUAAACAUAAUUUGAGCAAUAAAUACAGAUAAUGUAAUGAACAUUAACCAUAAACUGCACAAUAAUGUAAGUCUCCGUCUGAUAGACUCAAAAGUCAAAGCAAAAAGCCUUUGGAAUCCCCUCAUAAGGCCUGUAGAUGCAUGUGUGAAGGUGCCCACUGUUACAGAUUACCCAGUGUCAAAGAUACUUCUCCAAAAUAUCUAUUGUCAAAAGAAAACAUUUUCAUGUAAAUCCUGUAGGAUUGUUGCCUAAUUCUACACAGCUCAUCCUUGACUCAAUUUAAAGAAAGAGUAAGCUUUCCUGUGAAAGUACAUGUAAAUGAACUGAAUCUGAUCUGAUGCAUUUUUGCUUGAGCAGGUUUUACCACAAUGAAAGUGGAAGGAUUUUUAUUUUUAGCCAAUCUUAACAGCAGAAGUAGCAUAUUUAACUACCUGAAUCUUUCUUUUUGCAAUGCAGCUCAAUAUAUUUCUUCUCCUUUUUUUGUAUUGCUAAAAUCUGUUUCAGAUGGCUGGCAGUGAUAAAAGACAGGUGAUAGCUCCACUGACACUUGUACUAAUUUUACUGAAUUGUUUAAACAGGAAUAAGGCAUUAGAUAGGGUCUUACUGUAAGCUUCCUUCCUAUACCAUGGAAAUGUCUCUGUAAGCAUGUGUACUGCAUCUAUUACCUCCAAACAAGACUGCUUAUUUCAAAUCACUGACUGAAGACUGGUGUAAUCUAUUUAUGAAUAAAUAUAAUCUAUUCUUGA